AGGAAAUUCAUAGGUCAUUGCCAAUCCCAGAUUCCUCAUUCAUUGACCUCAACUCUUCUUGUUUUCUCAUCUUUAACUCUCAGUCUUCUUUUAUCAGCUGCAAUAUGGCUACUGCACAUGAAGGUAAACCUCCAGCUGACAUCUUUCAGGAGGUGUUUGAUGAAAUUUCCCCAUUGAUUGGAAAGAGAAAGAAUUUCACUAAUGUUACUAACAAUUUCUUUGCAAAAAAGCUGAUUACUAAAAUUGAGAUUAAUCAAAUAGAAUCAGAAAAAAAUCUUAAUGAUGACGAGAGAGGACAGAGGAUAGCUGAUCUUUUAGUUGAAAAAUUAGAUGAUGAAAAUGAAGAUUCUGCCCAAUGUUUACUGAAAAUAUGUGAUGUGUUUGAAAGCAAAAAAGUGAAUAAUGAGCCAUUGAGGAGACUUGGAGCAAACAUGAGAGAACAAUUAUCAAGUCCAUCAAAAGAACAAAAACCUGCUAAAAGUAUGUGGCAAAAACUUGACUCUACUAAAGAAAGUGAUGCUGGAUACAAUGCAACUCAAAAUUCCAAACAAAAAGAUAAAGAAAGUGGUGAUGAGGAGACUGAUGGACCAGCAGAAGUCCCACCAGAGUGGUCAUAUGAUAAAAAGAUUGCAGACUGUCAUAAUUAUGAAGACAAAGAUUUUAGUGAAGAUCUUGUUGAGGGCAUUGAAUAUCUACUUUUACCAGCCACUGAUACUGAAAAUGAGGCAGUCAUGUAUUAUCUGGAGCAAUCAACUGAAGGCCUUGUCACUAAAAUAAAAAUUGAUGGUUUGACGAUAUACACCGGAUGUUAUGGAAAAAAGAAAGCUAUUGUCAUAAAUACAGCACCCGGUAAAAAUACGCAAGGCCCAGUUUAUGCUGCUAUCAUCACAACCAAGUUAUUAGACAAGGUUAAGAGCAUCAAAUACAUUAUUGCUAUGGGUGUCUGUUUUGGAAAAAAUCCAGAGAAGCAAAAAUUAGGUGACGUUAUUAUUUCAACCAUGAUCUGUGAUUUCGUGUGUACUCGUAAAGGAGUUUGGGAAACAUAUCGGCAAGGUGGAGAUUACAAGGUAAAGGAUGAGAUAGUAAAGGAAUUCACAUCAGGCUCUAGCAUUGAAAUACCAGAAAUACAACAUGAAUUUAAAGUUUCAAAGGGUCCUAUCAUAACAACACCAAGUCUGAUUGAUGAUCCUGAUGUUAAAAAGGAAUUGUUUGAAAAAAGAUCUGAUGCUUUAGCAGGAGAAAUGGAAGGAGCAGGGGUAAUGGCUGCUAUUGAGUAUGCCCCUAAACGUGCUGAGUCUCUCGAUGUUAUUGUCAUCAAGGGUAUCGGUGACUGGGGUGACGGUAACAAAAAAGCCACUGAGGGAUGGAAGCCAAUUGCAGCCCGUGCUGCUGCCCAUUAUGUGCAUGCUGUACUAGAUAAAUAAACAAGAUACUAAGUGACUGACUUUUGUAACUACAAUUUCACAGUUAGCUUUUAUAGUUAAAAAAUUCUAGGCUUCAUUUUCAUUUUAUUUAGUUUCCUUAAUUAACAUGAUUUUUUGUGUAAAUUUAAUAUUGAAAUUGAAGUUAUAAUAAUAACAACAA